UAUUGUUGGUAAUAUUGUUAUGAUGCUUGUAGGCUCAUUAUUUUAACCGGCCUAGCCUGGCUUUAGACAAAGGGUCUGCCAAAUACAGGCCUAUAGCCUAUGCAACUUGGAUGUAAUUCGAAUGAAUUGCAAUUACUGAAACAGCCUACAUUCCGUGAUGCCGCUCGGUCUAAAACCUUGCAGUUUGUGGACUGAAUUACUAACAAAUUAGCAGCUCUUUCGCAAAUGGUUCAGCAAAUUGAUCCCAUGCAAAUAGCUUAAUCUAAACGAAAAUAUACCCUAAGUGCCUUCAAAAAUAUGGAGCGCGUGGAUGGGUUAAUUGAAUGUAGUCAGGCUUGUAGCCUUCUCAACUCUUAUCCAGUCUAUUUUUGAGUGUCUUUCUCAUCUCUGUUUAGCUGGGAGGGGGUGCUAAAGCUGAGGACAUGCUUGCAUUACAGUGCUACCCAUUUCAGUAGCGCGGUUAUAUCUUCGAUUCGCCCGAAUUUGUAAGCGGUGGGAGCGGCCACUUUAAAACAAGAUAACUGCAGUUUUGACCUUGCAUACAAACGCGAUAAUCAAAUGUGACUACCGAUAUCAUAUUGGCGAGCUGCAGACACCCAGGAACUUUAUGAAGAUUACAAUAAUAUCAUGCUAUUUGCCAACCCACUGGUCACGCAGUGUCGGAUAUUUAUUGUGCUGGUUCUCUGUUGGAGAGGCGCUCCAUCCCCAGCGCUUUCCGCGGGGUGCCCUGAGCGGUGCGUGUGCGACGAACAACUCGUUGUCCAGUGUUCGGGACAGCGACUAUCUACCUUCCCAACCAACCUGCCCCUUGCCACGCGGCAGCUAAUUAUUUCCAACAAUAAUAUGGAUGAGCUGCCAGCCCUGCAGCUAAAUUAUUUAUCCGAUUUGGUGUACUUGGACUGCAGCAGCAACUCAAUCCGAGAAAUAUCUGAGUCCACCUUUGGAAAUCUCCGCAAGCUUGUCUACCUGGAUUUGUCUUACAACAUGUUUGUAAAGAUUGAGGACCAGACAUUUGGCCCCUUGGCAAGUUUGGUGAUGUUAAGGUUAACGGACAAUCCUUUGCUUUCAGAGAUACACCCAUCGGCAUUCGUAGAGAACGUUGCGCUUCAAGUGCUUGACCUCAGUCGAAAUAAUUUGACCAUGCAUAAUGUUACGUCGCUGAUAACUCUACCUGCUCUACGAUCGCUCGGUUUAAGCGGGAACCCAUGGAACUGCGCGUGCGAGAUUGAGGACCUUUGCUUGUGGAUGCAAAUAGACACCUUUAGAUUCCAAGAUGAGGGACAGACGGUGUGUGAGGGCCCUCCGGACUUGCGGGGCCUCCGUCUGGCAGAGCUGGGUCUUCAUCUGCGGACGCAGUGCCACCCAAGUUUGGGUCACCAGGACUAUCUGUUCUUCAUAGCUAUUGGGUUUGUCAUUUUUGCAGCCGGCACUGUACUGGCCUGGCUAACGGGAGUGGUGAUGGUGCUUUUCGAGCGUUAUGUGAAAAGGGAAGACGGCGAGCUUGAUUCAGAGAGGGAAGAGGUGAAAGAGGAAGCAGGAGGAUGACCAGAACUUGUGGGAAAUCUAAAUUAACUAUGCAAGACCAUCAUGAAAUUAGUUUUUCUCAGUCGUUUGGUGCUUUUCUCAGAUCAGAAUGAAAAUUCUCAUAACUAUUAGUUCAAACUCCACAACAUUUAGUCAUUUGUGCACAUCAUAGU